AUGAAAAUCCUGUACCUGUAUGACACACGCACUGGUCUAUCUGCCCUGGUGAGCCUCGAGGUGUCACGCGCCGUCGACGCCGCUGUCGAGGCCCUGCCAGAGGGAUCCUGUCGCUGGGACGCCACCAACCUUCUGGAAGCUCUGCGCAAUGGCUCGGAAGACGCUCUGCGCGUGCUGGACGCGACAGGGAAGCCCGGUUCGUCCAUCCUGCGCGGCAACUUGCGGCUGCUGGGAGACUUCGACGAGUGUGUGGCGAUUCCCGCGUCGCGCUACUGCCUGGCGGACGUGCGCCUGCCCGCGCCCGCAGACAUCGACAACGCGACGGCCCGCCUCCUCAGCAUAGCCACAGCGGGGCGCUGGCUCUUUGAGGACAUCCCUCGCAGAUCUGGUCCAAUGGUCCUUCCAAUUUUCUCUUUGACUCAAUGGGGAAUAUGUGUUCCUAUAUCUUGUGAUCCUGAUGAAGUCUCGGCAUUUGUCACAAGUUUUUUAGAGAACCUGUGUGGCUUAAAGCUGACAAUAGAUGUUCCACAUGGAGCAUGCACGUCCAAAUUGCCGUCACUGAGCACAGCAGACAUUGUAAUUCUGUCAACUAUAUUGGUGGUGAUCAUUUUUAUAGUUUUGUGUACAUUCUGGGACCUUGUAGUGAGAGCAUGCCAAAAGCAUAAUGAAGAGGAAAAAGCAUCUAACUCACUUGCUAACUUAGCAAAAGGAAUGUCAUUGUGUAGCAGCUGGAAGAAUCUCUGGAACAGUCAUCGCACAAAUAGUUCCAUUGCGUGCAUUGAUGGUAUCCGUGCUUUCAGUGCUCUGUGGGUCAUUAUGACCCAUAAAAUUCUCCAGAUGUCACAGGAACCAUCUGUCAAUAAAGUUAUUCUUCUUGAGUCAACACGUGACAUACCAAAGAUGCCACUUCUGAACAGUAUGAUUAAUGUAGAUUCAUUCUUUCUGAUAAGUGGGAUGCUUCGUGCGAUGAAUUUCAUGAGAGAUGUGCAACAACGUGGUGGAUUUUGGAUUGCCACAGGAAUUCUGCAGAGGCUCCUCAGGUUAACACCAGCAUAUGCAGUGGUGCUUGCAGUAUAUGCAUGUCUGUUACCAUAUUUUGGUUCUGGGCCUGAGUGGAAUACUCAAGUCGGUUACAACUCAAAAAUGUGUAAACAACACUGGAUGUUCAAUAUAAUGUAUGUUAAUAACUACAUAAACUAUGAAAAUAUGUGUAUGUUACAAUCAUGGUAUUUGUCUGCUGACAUGCAACUAUUUGUUUGUGCACUCAUUAUACUGAUACCACUGUACUACUGGCACAAAAUUGGUGAACUGCUGCUGGGACUGGUUAUUUUUGUGUCAGUAGCACUGCCAUUCGCUACUGUUCUCAUCCGACGGCUUCCUGGUCUCUACCAGCCCACCCAGCCGGAUGAUCAGCUUUAUGAAUAUAUGCGUGAUGUUUAUAUGGCAACACACAACAGGAUGACACCAUAUCUUGUCGGACUGGCUCUAGGCUACUUGCUCCAUAGGAUUAAGGGCCAGCCUGUUACUAAAAGUAAGAAUAGUGCCCUUCUUGAAAGUCCACAUAUUUCUAUGCCAGAAGCUAAGAAAAAUAAUCAGCAGAGAAUAGACAAUGUGAGCAAUAUCCUGCUGUGCAGAAACGCCAUCACACUACAAGUCAACUCGCCCAACACGAAACAGGAAAGAACCACAACGUUUUUUAUGGCAAGUGAUUCCAGAGAAAUGUUGAUUUCAUCUUCUAAAACAUCGCUCUGGAAAGAAAACUUCAAUUGUAAAAGUGUUAAAAAUGAUAUGUCAUGUGCAACUGUCGAACAUAAGGUACUCAUUGGUGUUGGCUGGACAGUGAGCCUGUUAGUACUGGGUGCAGUAGUGUGGGGGCCAUACCACCUGCUCCAGGAAUGUGCUAGCCUUACAACAACUACACUGGAGUCUGCUGCCUAUGCCGCUCUACAUCGAUUCACGUGGGCACUUGCCCUUGGGUGGAUUAUCAUUGCAUGUUACCAUAAUCUCCGAUUUGGAGUUGUAGGUGAUGCUGUCAAGGGCAUUCUGGAGAGCAGUACAUGGCAACCACUGAGUCGACUUUCAUAUUGCAUCUUUCUGACACAUAUUGCUGUCUUACUCAUCAAUAGUGGAAGAAUACGAACACCAAUCUUCAUGGAUGAGUAUCUUCUGAUGCACAGUUAUGCUGGAGAUCUGGCCAUUGUAUUGUUAAUAUCAAUGGCUCUCCACCUAUUUGUUGAAGCUCCUUCACUUUUUCUGGCUCGAACCAUUUUCAGUCGUCAAGGAAACCAACAGCAGUCUUCAAAAAUAGUGAAAAAUCAAACUCCACAUCAAAGAAAUACAGUAGACCAGAAGAAAAAACAACAGAGGUGGCAGCAUGUGUCUCCAACAGACAUUCCAACCUCAAGUGAAUGCCCUGUUGGUCAGCCAUAGUACUUUACUCAAGAUCUUGGCAAA